UGCCUUAGUUACUUCACACGCGUUCUGAUAGCCGGUCGCUUUCGCUGACGUUUUCAGUGAAAUUUAAAUAAGCUGGACCACUUUCGCGGCCGAAUCUUUGUUGUCUUUCGACGUAGUCUAUUCGUUAGUGAUCGGAGCUGUGUUGUGCCGCUACUAAACAGAUAUCGAGCGGUUGUUUGAAGACCGGUGGCGCGCUCUGUCGGUGCGGCGAAUAGUGACGCGAGCGGGACGCGCGGGGCGAGGACCGCCUCCCCCUACUUCAGUUUCUGCCGAGAGAUCAUACGAGGAGGCCGCGUCGCGCGACUCCAAAAUCAAGGGACGUUCGCGCGGCAACUUUAAACUGUGACAGUGUGCGUUGACAAAAACAGUGUACUGGAUUGCGGUGCCUAACCAUUUGGAUGCAGUGAUUGGAUCACACUAACUGGAUUGCAGUGUUGUUCUUGGAUCUGUUGUACAAAUUUGGCCAGCAAACUGGGGAUGCACAAGAUGGGCCUCGGCGACAGCGUGUACGCCGCCGAGCGUAUCAUGAAGAAGAGAAUUAAAAAGGGCAAGGUGGAAUACUACGUGAAAUGGAAAGGCUGGAAACCCAAGCACAACACCUGGGAGCCGGAGGAGAACAUUUUAGAUCCAAGGCUGAUCCAAAGCUUCGAGAGGGGAGAAGAUUCAAAGAGGCCAGGGAGGGAGAGGAAACGCGAGCGCGAGCACUCACCCGAGAGAGCCCGAAGCGGGUCCGACGAGAGGGGACCGCUGCCUGGCAAGCGCAAGGCGCAGGUCCUAUCGCAGGAGUCGGGGAAGAUUGGAGUGACUAUAACUAUGAGCCCACAGAGGAAUCGCGCGCCACCGCCAGUGCAGCCUCCGCCAGCCGCGUCGGCUGGAGGCGCUGCCGCCCCCGCCUCGCCCGCCGCCGAAGCGGCCGCCCCCAAAACCGGCCAGCGACGAGUACCCCAUUCACCCGAAGAAGCCGACGCCCACACACCUCUUGAACGCGAAAGGCGCACACAGACGCAGCCUGAGGCGAAAGCCCCCGCGGAGCCUAAAGGCGCGCGACCACCUCCACCCGCACCUCAAGAAGAUGAGGAUUCCUGGAGCGAACCUGCUGUGGUUGCAGCACCGGCCCCCCAGCCGCGCCGCGGCGCCUCCUUCUGGAUGGCGCGAUCUCCUGUAGCAGACCAGAUCUUCAUCACCGACGUCACGGUCAACCUUCAAACCGUUACGAUACGCGAGUGCCGCACGGAGCGCGGGUUUUUUCGUGCCCGAGAAUCUCGCCCCCUCGAUGUCACGUAGACUAUCCUGUAUUCAUUUAUUAGUGAUGGACAAUGUACAGUAGCUAGUUAUUUAGUGAUUACAACCGGAAUCUCGGCUCCCGUAAACCGUACAACCGUCUAAUGUCAUGCUAAAUUUAUCUUGAUGCGUCAAAAUAUGACUAGCUUGUUAGACAUAGAAGUCACAGAAAAAGUACGGAGUACGUAGACUGUCCCCAAAGUUUAUUAAGCCUAAUGCUGGACAAAGUGAUUGUCAAUUGUUAACUAUACUUAGAUUAUUUAGUUGUUAUUCAAUUGGUUCGGCUGUGGGCAUUAUAAAGGACGUUAAAUACAAAUGUGAGGACAAUUGUUGGAAAAUGUAUGCAAAAAUACAUUUAUUUAAUAUAAAUUUGCUAACUAGCCUUUAUAAAUCCCAAUUUAAUAAAUCAAAUAUCGGUUUAAAUGUACAAAUGUCAGGACCUAUAACUAAAUGCCAAGUGACUACAUGGUACCUAAAAUUAUCGUGAUUUGUCUGUUUGUAACCGUAAGGACGCUUUUAAGUAUGUAUUUACAUAAUAACCUACAUUUUAUGAUACCCAGUGAUUUCAUAAUCAUUUAAUUCAUAUUAUGAGCAUGACAACUAUUUGUAUAUCAGGUGGCAUGUGUACAGAUGUACUGAGACUGACUGAAUAGCAUGACAAAUGCGACCGUUUUCGAAAAAAUACCAUGGGAACCGAUUGUUCACUACAUCCGUAUUCAGUAAAUACAUUUCUUAAUGAGUUUUGUCCUAAAUUUAGGACAUCGGGCCUAGUAUGUGUAAACAUAUGAAAAAUGAUCUGCAAAUAGCUGUUCAUGUAUUUUAAAUAUUUAUUUAGACUGGAAACAUGCAAAAGAUUUUAUUAAAUUAUUAUGUCACUUGUAUCUAACAACUUUAUUCAACGACGAAUUAAUUUACAGUUGUUUUAUUUUAAUAAUUGUUGUUGUUAUUUAUGUAGCCUUGAUUUAAUUGAAUGAUUAGUAUAAGUUAUUUAUGCAAUUUUUUGAAUUCUCAAUUCUCAACACUGCCGAGGAGCAAGUUUAGUUUUAAUGCUUUUAAUUGAUCCAAUCGUUGAAUAUACCUAACUAGUUGAAAGAAAUGUAAUUUAAUCAGGUUCAAAUAACACGAUCGAUACAAAAUAGGUUUCUUCAGACAUAUUAAAAGGAACACUGAAAAAGUGUAAUUAGUGGCUGUUGAUAUAUAUGAUAGAUUACAUUAUGAUACCUACGCAUUUAUUUCUUUUAAAAAUGAUUCAUAAUGCACUUUUAAGGCCAGUGCACACCAGUUGCGUAUGCAGCUCCUACAAUUUUAGAAUCUAUAGUCGUCGCGGCUGCAUAGGCAUGCGGUGUGACCUGGCCAUUAGCCAUUAUUGGCCUAUAGUAAUGGCUCCUCUACACGA